ACAAAUUCAUCGUCAUUAUGUCCUGAACAAUUUGAAAAUAAAUGCUAUUGUGGCCAUCUAGAUUAUUAUCAUCAUAAUAAUCAUAAUACAUAUCCAUUAUCCAGAUAUUUUGGUAAAAAUCGUAAUACAUUCAUUACAAAUUGUACGGAUACAAAUUUCAAUGAUUCAAUAAUAUUAUCAUUGGUGCCAUAUGAGACUGAGAUACUUAUUUUUAAUGGUAAUAAUUUUUCUAAAUUAACUGGACAACAAUAUCAAAUGAAUAUGAAUAUGAAUAAUACAAAAUCAUCAAGAUAUGAUAAAUUAUUAAUGGUUGAUUUAUCAAGAAAUGGAAUCAAACAAAUCGAUCGUAAUGCAUUUAAUCAUUUGCAAACUAUUGAAACAUUGAUUCUAAAUGAUAAUCCAAUUGAUUUCAAUCAUAAUGUUGAUGAUGAUGGAAAAUUAAUUUUCAAUAAAUUAAUUAAACUUGAAGAACUUCAUUUACGUAAUGUCACUAUUGAUCAUCGAUCAUCAUCACCGCUAAUAUCGGCAAUAUUCAAUAAACAAUUAAAACAAUUGAAAAUAAUAAAUCUUGAAUCAAAUCAAAUUGUUCAAAUAGAUAAUGGUGAUAAUGAUCGAUUAUUUUGUUCAACACCACAAUUACGACGAAUAUUAUUACGUGAUAAUCGAUUGGAAAAAUUUCAUCAAAAUCUAUCAUGUUUAACGGAAUUAUCAUCAAUUGAUAUUAGUAAUAAUCAAAUAAAACAUGUUGAUAAUCAAACAAUUGAAUCACUAUUAUCAUCAACAUCAUUAUUAUAUCAUAUAAAUAUUAGUGAAAAUCCAUUCCAUUGUGAUUGUCAAUUACGUGAUUUUUAUCGAUUCAUACGCCAACAAUCACAACAAAAUAUUGUUGAUCAUGAUAAUCAUUAUCAUAAACCAACAUUUGAUUGGAUUGAAGAAUAUCAAUGUCAUAAUAAUAAUGGUAGUUUAAUGAACAAAUAUCUUGAUGAUCUAAAUGAAAAUGAUUUCAUUUGUGAUAAUAAAUCAUCAUCAUCAUCAUCAAAAAUGAUGAUGAUGACAAUGAUGGAAAAUGAUAAUGAAAUAUCAAUGAUCAAUAUAAUCGGUACUGAACCAUCAAUGAAUGAAAUGGAAAAAAAACUUGCUAUCGAACGUUAUCGUUUCUAUGUAACAUUAUCAUAUUUAGUAUUAACAUUUCUAUUAUUAUUACUUACCAUAUUGAUUAUUGUAUUGAUUUAUACGAAUCGUAAUUAUAUACAAACAAUUUGUUCAUUUUGUUUGGCUGAUUGUUGUAAUUAUAAUAAUAAAAAUGAUUAUACAGCAUUGGAUAAAAAUGAUCAACCACAACAACAACAACAGCAACAACAACAACAACGACGAAGACAAUCAUCAUCAAGAAUUGGUGAAUGGUGGCAACGAAUACAAAAAAGAUCAUCAUCUAGAUCGACAACAAAAAUAUUUGUAAAUGAUCGACAACAUCGUAAUUAUUGUGAUGAUCAUCAUGAUGAUAAUUUUGGAAAAAAUAAUCAUCGAUUUUUUAUACGCCAUAAUAAUAGUAGCCAUAAUCAUCAUGAUCAUCCAAUGGAUAUUGCUGAAGAACAACUUUAACUACAGCCUUUUUUAUCAUUUUAAUAUUUUUAAAAUUUAAAUUUAAAAUAAGAUGAGAAUUUUGAUAAAUAAAUAAAUUUU